AUGUUCCACGCGUCACCUCUCAGACUGCUCUGGGCACUCCUGCCACUCUGGCUCACCUCGCACAGUGAUGCGGCUCCUACAGACGUACCGUCGGCUGCUUCGUUCUAUGUGCACAACCUACCCGACCUGCACCAGAAUGCGGACCACCCGUUGCGCAUAUUCUCAGGACACCUACCGUCCGACCCCAAUGCCACAGAUACACCGGAUACGGAGGUCACCGCACAUCUGUUCUUUCUCAUGAUCAAGAACAGACGAAUGGCGGACAAGGAACGGCUCAUGUUCUGGUUCAAUGGUGGACCUGGAUGCUCAUCCUUCGACGGCUUGAUGAUGGAAGUUGGUCCCUGGCGAUUAGACGGCAAAGGUGGCCUGAACGUCAUUGAAGGAGGCUGGGAAGAAUACACGACCAUGGUUUACGUCGAUCAACCUGCAGGGGCCGGUUUCUCGUAUACUUCGUCGGACCAGUACCUGCACGAGCUCACCGACGCGGCUGCGCACAUAGUAGAGUUUCUAAAGAACUUCUACAACGCGUUCCCUGAAUAUAAGGAUGUUGACACGUAUCUAGCAGGCGAGAGCUUUGCCGGCCAGUACAUACCAUAUUUUGCGGACGCAAUCCUGAAUUCGACACUAAACAUCCCAUUACGCGGAGCGGCAAUUGGGAACGGCUGGAUAGAUGGACGUCACCAGUACCCGUCCUUCCUCCAGUAUGCAGUAAAGCAUGGCCUAAUUGAAGAAAAGUCCGAGGAAUGGAAACACGGGAAGGAAGCGACGGACAACUGCAUGAAGGAGAUGGACAAGCACAAGGACUUCGAGCCCGUCAAGGUGAACAUCUGUGAGGGUGUCAUGCACGAAGUCAUCAAGAGCAAGUCGCGGACUGUGAACGGCAAACAGAUGUGUGUGAACAUCUAUGAUGUUCGGCUCGAGGAUGAGUCUCCCGCGUGCGGUAUGAACUGGCCCCCAGACUUGAAGCACAUGUACACCUACCUCCAGCGCCCCGAGGUAGUCCGCGCCAUUCAUGCGUCCGCCGCAUCACAAACGUGGACAGAAUGCAGAGGGUCGAUCCACCAUGCAUUCAGUACUGCCAAGUCUCCGUCAGCCAUCACGGUCAUUCCAAGAGUACUUUCAAAGAUCCCGAUGCUGCUCUUUGCCGGCGACCAGGAUCUCAUCUGCAACUAUGUUGGGAUUGAGAAUCUCAUCCAGGCCAUGGCCUGGAACGGUGCUACUGGACUAGGGACUGUCAAGACACAGCCGUGGUCAGUCAACGGCACACCCGCUGGUACCUGGGUCUCAUCACGAAACCUCACGUAUGCCAAGAUCUUUAAUGCCUCACAUAUGGUCGGAUUCGACGUACCCCACAUCACGCACGACAUGGUUCUACGCUUUAUGGGCGUAAACUUCAGUAUGAUUCUCGACGGCUCCGCGAGGAUUCCGAGUGCUGUCGGUGACGACAGCAAGCCUAUCCCCGAACUGCUGAACAUGAUCCCUACUGCGUCGCCGACGCCCACGGAGACCCCAGAGCAGGACAAGGCUAGGUGGGAAGCGUACUACAACGCAGGCUCUGCUGCGAUGGUCCUCGCUAUCAUCUCUAUCUUCAUAGGCGGCUUCAUCUGGUGGCGCUACCGCCGGAGUCGGCUGCGAGGGCUGCCCGUCACGAGGGAAGACUCGACUGCUGAAGAAAAUAUACCGCUCGCAGCGAGUAUGACGGAGGCGAACGGGCAUGGCGAUGAGGACGAAGUGCCUUACAAGCAGGCGAAGGGCAAGGAGCGGGCACAGGACCUCCCGAGCGAGGAAGCGAUAUUUAGCAUAGUGGGCGACGAUGAGGAUUUGAGAACGCCUAGGACAGGGCAAUGA